AUAAGCAAUACGUCGUUGAAAACAAAACAGACAAGGUUGCCAAAAACUGCUGGGCAUUAGGUAAGACAAUCAUAGUAGAUUUGGGUAAUAGGAACAAUUUUAAAAUUUUUAUGAGAUCGCUACUAGAUAGUUAAAGGAAAAUUUAACAUUUGCAGGCAUCACCAAGAACUUUAUACAAAGUCAUCAAAAACAACAAUGGCAAAAUGACACUUCAAGAAUGCCAGCAUCGGCCUGGGUCUGAAAUGAAAUGAGCCAAGUCAUUCAUUCUUGCGAAAAUUUCUUGUACUCGGAUAAAGGAAUCACUAUCAUCCAAAUGCCAUAAAUUCAAUGACGGAAGUGGCCGUUAUCUAUUGAAAUAUGAAACAAUACAAACUACAAGAGCUGGUUGGAAAUACAAAGAAACUCCCACAUGCUGAGAAGCUCUUUUAUGAAACACUGAUAAGCUUCAGAAAGCUACCAGAAUGUGCCCAAUUGUUUUUGCCAUUACAGCUUCAAAACCACUUGAGAUCAAUAUCACGAAAAAGCUCCUCUAUAUCCAAUGGAAAAUAUGAAAGUAGCAAGCACAAUAGUGUGAAAAGGCAAUGUUCAAAAGAAGAUGAGGAAAUACAGAGUUAUGCAGAGUGGAAGGUUUUUGUAUCAUGGCUUAAACUGACCUCGUGGAAACACUUUCGGAGAUUCCGAAAAUCAGUUGUAUACAUCUUGCCAAUUGGUCCUUUUCCAGAAGGAUUACUAAAUGCACUUGUAUCUCCACAGUUUUCAUUUCUGCAAGCGCUAGUCUGUUUUGGGGAAGCAUUUUUCAGUGGAAUAUCUUUUCAGAUAUUACCAGAAAUUGAGUUCAAAGAAAUCGGAUGUACAACAAGAAUACACAACAAAACUGGCCAACUACAGCUUUUCUUACCAGAUGUAAUGGUGUAUUUAUCAAGCAUUGCACCCAAAAAUUCUGUUGGCAUAAUUGGUCUAAGCUGGGUAGAUUUCUAUCCUGGUGAUGAGUGGAAUCAUAUAUUAGGAGAAGGAUCAGUUCAUACUGGUUGUGCUGCAAUUAGUUUCGGGCAUUAUGCUAAAUUCAUAUCGGCAGGGUCUCAAAGUCCUUCUACCACUAGAGGGCAAAGCACGCCAAGCAUGACACUCAGCUUUGCCUCUGAGAAGAGUGGGACUGCCUCGAAAUCCGCGAAGGAUCAACUUGAUGCAAGGCGUGAAUCAGCGUCGUUUCAAGACAAAAGAUACCCUAAGUCGUUGCUUAAUGAUUCUUCGAGACGAAAAGCCUCUUCGUCAUUAAGCCUAAAAAUGAGAAAAGGUUCUGUGACAUCCGAUAUUUCCCUGAAUGGCCCACUGAGUCGUUCUAUAAGCAGCUACAAGAACCUUGGCUCUUUGUCCUCGAUAGAAAACUCGUGGACUAAACUGUUCUCAAGGUCGGUUAAUUCGCUAUGUUCAAGCUUGUCAGUUGAUGAUGCUUCAUAUGAUAUCAUAAAUAAAGAUGAAGCUGGGACAUUUUUCACGAGUCAAGUCAUGGAAGAGGACGUCGUUAAGCUUGCUUUGCCCGUUGGGACAGAGUUUCACUUAAGCUGCAAAGCAAUGUGGAGGAUAUUCAAGGCUAUGACGCAUGAGCUCUGCCAUGUUUUUGGCCUAAGUCACUGCAACUUUUACGAAUGCGCAAUGAACAGCAGUAAGUUUGUCUCAGAAGUUGAUGAGCAGCCUAUCUUCCUAUGUCCUGUUUGUUUGCGAAAGCUGCAAAAGUUUCUUAAAUUCAAACUUUCAGAACGAUACUGGAAGCUCCGUGCAGCGUUAAACGCUAUGCAAUCGUGUUAUAUGGAAAGCAUAUCCCUAACGAGGGCUGACUCCUUUGACGAAAUUGGCGACGAAGUUCUCGACUCUGAUGCAGCUGGUGAAAAUGAUGUCGAUAUCCCUGAAUAUUGUGGCUUGGCUGAGCAUGAGCCUGCAAGACAUAUAUGCAUCGAGGUCACACGAGAGAAAACUGACGGCUAUGACAUCAUCAAUGUAGAAUAUAAACAAAAGGGGAUCUCUAACACAGGAUCCAGUCAAGUUCACGACUGUCAUUUUAGAGAGGCCAUUGGAAAGCUAGAUGAUAUUAUUUCGUUUUUAAAUCGAAAUUAGCUACACUAAAGUGUGAUUUUUAAUUCGUAGUAUAUUGUUUAUUUGUUUUUAUGACCUGACAGAGAUGCAUUUAACAUAGUUUACAUUAAAACAAAUUUGUUAUAAACAUAUGUGAUUGCCAUGAUCAGUGUUUAAAGUAGGGAUCGUCAGGAGGGGCAGAAAUCCGUCGUUUCGCACAAUUUUUGUUGAAACCCGACAUCUCUGUCAUUUUUAGCCAAAAUUCUGUGUCCAAAAUUAUUGAUAACAAGCCAAGAUUUGACCGGGUCCCUUUUUGCAAGAAAACAGGUGGAAUAAUCCCGGAAAUCCGUAAAACUUUAUAAAACUUUAAUAUUCCCUGAGAAAAUCUACGUCCGGCAAGUGUUCCGGCAUGCCAAUUUUUUUAAAACCCUUAUGACCCCCAGUUUUAAAGGCAAUCUGUCACGACGUUGAUUGGUCAUAAGAACAAAGGGAUUUCUAUUGUUUCCAGUCCCUCUUUAAUUUAUCGCAUUGUAAAAAAUAUGGCGGAGCGCUGGAAUCGUGUUUAGGCUAUUGUUCCAGCUAUUGUUCUCGUUAACCAAUCCACAACGAGACAGAUAGCCUUAAAGUGUCUUAACAAAUUUCGAUUGGUUGCCAGAUUUGAUUGCUUUGACUUCAUUUUGGGAGCAUUUGCUCAAGCUAAUAAUCAUAUUAGACUGCUGUAAAUGCAUUCGAUAUUAUACCCUAGAAACCUAACAUCAGUACUUUGAUGAAUCCCAGGGUCACUUGGUGUAUAAGAAGGGGGCGAACUGAUAAAAACAGAUUCAAGUUAUUCUCUCACUCCAAUUGCGCAUGGAGCAGUCCGACGAGGAAGCAUUGGAAGUUCUUGUGCUUUCCAGCCUAUUUAUGAUUAAUAGUUUUCUCCAAUUUCAAAAAAGUAAUAAAAAAUAUCGCCAUGUUUAAUGGACAUCUUAAGCAAACAG